CAGCAAGAGGAUGAGGAGAUGCUUGUGCCGCAUUCAGAUUUGGUCGACGGCCCUACUCAGCCCAUGGAAGUUACCCAACCUGAGACUGCUGCGAGUACCGUGGAGAACCAGCCAGCGGAGGAUCCUCCCACUCUGAAAUUUACGUGGACUAUCCCAAACUUCUCUAGGCAAAACACCAGGAAGCAUUACUCCGAUGUAUUUGUCGUUGGGGGCUACAAAUGGCGCAUAUUAAUUUUCCCGAAAGGGAACAAUGUCGACCAUUUGUCCAUGUACUUGGAUGUUUCUGAUGCUGCGAGUUUGCCGUACGGUUGGAGCAGAUAUGCUCAGUUCAGUCUGGCUGUGGUCAAUCAGAUCCACACCAGAUAUACCAUUAGAAAAGAGACGCAACAUCAAUUCAAUGCAAGAGAAAGCGAUUGGGGAUUUACAUCAUUCAUGCCUCUCAGCGAACUCUAUGAUCCUAGUAGAGGAUACUUAGUGAAUGAUACUGUUUUCGUUGAAGCUGAAGUCGCUGUCCGUAAGGUUCUUGAUUACUGGUCAUACGACUCCAAGAAAGAGACUGGUUUUGUUGGUCUCAAGAACCAAGGUGCAACUUGUUACAUGAAUUCUCUCCUACAGACACUAUACCACAUACCUUACUUCCGAAAGGCUGUAUACCACAUGCCGACAACUGAGAACGAUGCGCCCACAGCAAGCAUACCUUUGGCUCUCCAAAGUUUGUUUUACAAGCUACAAUAUAAUGACACUAGUGUUGCGACAAAAGAGCUGACAAAGUCGUUUGGCUGGGAUACAUAUGAUUCUUUCAUGCAACAUGAUGUUCAAGAACUCAAUCGAGUUCUCUGCGAAAAACUUGAGGACAAAAUGAAGGGCACUGUUGUGGAGGGAACAAUACAACAGCUAUUUGAGGGUCACCAUAUGAAUUAUAUUGAGUGCAUAAAUGUAGAUUACAAAUCUACACGGAAAGAAUCAUUUUAUGACCUUCAGCUGGAUGUUAAAGGUUGCAAGGAUGUUUAUGCUUCUUUUGACAAAUAUGUUGAAGUUGAACGCCUUGAAGGAGACAACAAAUAUCAUGCCGAAGGACAAGGUUUACAGGAUGCCAAAAAAGGUGUUCUUUUCAUCGACUUUCCACCGGUCCUUCAGCUCCAGCUCAAGAGAUUUGAAUAUGACUUUAUGAGGGACACCAUGGUGAAGAUAAAUGAUCGGUAUGAAUUUCCUCUUCAACUGGAUCUCGACAGAGAGAAUGGAAAGUAUUUAUCCCCUGAUGCUGACAGGAGUGUCCGCAACCUGUACACACUUCACAGUGUCUUAGUUCAUAGUGGAGGAGUACAUGGUGGGCACUAUUACGCAUUUAUAAGGCCUACACUCUCGGAUCAGUGGUAUAAAUUUGAUGAUGAACGAGUAACCAAGGAAGAUUUGAAAAGAGCAUUGGAGGAGCAAUAUGGUGGUGAAGAAGAGCUACCACAGACCAAUCCUGGUUUCAAUAACCCUCCUUUUAAAUUCACAAAGUACUCGAAUGCGUACAUGCUUGUAUAUAUCCGGGAGAGUGACAAAGAUAAAAUAAUCUGCAACGUUGAUGAGAAAGACAUUGCUGAACAUUUGAGGGUGAGGCUGAAGAAAGAACAAGAAGAAAAGGAAGAUAAAAGAAGAUACAAGGCACAAGCUCACCUUUUUACAAUAAUUAAGGUUGCCAGAGAUCAAGACCUUAAGGAACAAAUUGGGAAGGAUAUAUAUUUUGACCUUGUUGACCAUGACAAAGUUCGUAGCUUCCGGAUCCAGAAACAGACACCAUUUCAACAAUUUAAGGAAGAAGUGGCCAAAGAAUUUGGUGUACCUGUUCAGUUACAGAGGUUCUGGAUAUGGGCAAAGCGACAAAACCAUACUUAUCGUCCCAAUCGCCCCCUUACGCCUCAGGAGGAAUUACAACCGGUUGGACAAAUAAGAGAAGCAUCUAACAAGGCAAACACUGCAGAACUUAAGCUGUUUUUGGAAGUAGAGCUGCUGGAUGAACGUCCUAUUCCUCCUCCUGAAAAAUCAAAAGAAGAUAUUCUUCUUUUCUUUAAGCUUUACGACCCGGAGAAGCCAGAGUUAAGGUAUGUUGGCAGACUGAUGGUGAAAAGUUCCAGUAAGCCUAUGGAUAUAACUGGAAAACUGAACGAAAUGGCUGGCUUUGCUCCUGAUGAAGAAAUAGAACUUUUUGAGGAAAUCAAGUUUGAGCCUUGUGUUAUGUGCGAACACCUGGAUAAAAAAAUUUCAUUCAGAUUGUGCCAAAUUGAAGAUGGAGAUAUCAUUUGCUUUCAGAAACCUGUUGUUAACAAGGAGAUUGAGUGCCGCUACCCAGCUGUGCCUUCGUUUCUUGAAUAUGUCCAGAAUCGACAGCUGGUCCGGUUUCGUGCCCUGGAAAAACCUAAAGAAGAUGAAUUUGUUCUGGAGUUGUCAAAGUUGCACACUUAUGACGAUGUCGUGGAAAGAGUGGCCCAGAAGCUUGGUCUUGACGAUCCAUCCAAACUUAGGCUUACAUCACAUAAUUGCUAUUCCCAGCAACCCAAGCCUCAGCCUAUCAAAUACCGUGGAGUAGACCAUUUGUCAGAUAUGUUAGUUCACUACAAUCAGACGUCUGACAUUUUGUAUUAUGAAGUUCUGGACAUUCCUCUCCCAGAGUUGCAGGGUCUUAAAACCCUAAAAGUUGCUUUUCAUCAUGCCACGAAGGAAGAAGUGGUAAUCCACAAUAUCAGAUUACCUAAACAAAGCACAGUCGGAGAUGUUAUUAAUGAACUUAAGACAAAGGUGGAGCUUUCGCAUCCAGAUGCAGAACUGAGAUUACUUGAGGUGUUUUACCACAAGAUCUACAAGAUUUUCCCAUCAACUGAAAGAAUUGAGAACAUAAAUGACCAGUACUGGACUUUACGAGCUGAGGAGAUACCGGAAGAAGAGAAGAAUAUUGGUCCAAAUGAUCGCUUAAUUCUUGUGUACCACUUUGCUAAGGAGACUGGACAAAACCAGCAAGUGCAGAACUUCGGGGAGCCCUUCUUCUUGGUAAUCCAUGAAGGUGAAACACUUGAAGAAAUCAAGAACCGUAUCCAGAAGAAGCUUCAUGUAUCCGAUGAGGACUUUGCCAAGUGGAAGUUUGCGUUUAUGUCGAUGGGGCGUCCGGAGUACUUGCAGGACUCGGAUGUUGUAUAUAACCGCUUUCAGAGAAGAGAUGUAUACGGCGCUUUUGAGCAGUACCUCGGGUUGGAGCACACUGAUACCACCCCAAAAAGGGCUUAUGCUGCAAACCAGAACCGGCACACUUAUGAAAAGCCCGUGAAAAUAUACAAUUAG